AUGUCCUCGAAUGUCAUGAUGGAUAUUCCAUUGAGAAAAACACCUGAGUCCACUCUCUCCCAUUUGACCUUCCAGACCACGCUCUGUGAGGGCAAGCACUUCCCAGGGUGGAAGCUGGAGGUUUGGGGGGACUGCGACCAGCCUCCGGGCCGAGGCUUUGUGAAUCGGAUGAACUCCGUCCGAGUGGAGAGUGGGGCCUAGGCAUGCUUCGAGCACCCUGGCUUCCGAGGCCAGCAGUUCAUCCUGGAGCACAGGGACAGCCCUGACUUCUUCCCCUGGAAUGGUCACAGUGGCCAUGGGGGCUCCUGCCGGCCUGUUGGGAUGCACGGGGAGCAUUUCCACCUGGAAAUCUUUGAGGGCUGCAGCGUCAUGGGCCGGUGCUUGAUGUUCACAGAGGACAGCACUUUCCUCCACAGUCAGGGCUGGGCCAAGAACGGCAUCAGCUCCCUCAAGGUGUCAGGGGAUGGCACGUGGGUCCUGUAAGAGGAACCCAACUACCGUGGCCGUGUGUACGUGGUAGAGCAGGGAUUGUCAACUACUUCUAGCCAGGCCUGUGCACCCGCCUCUGGCCAGGCUGUCCCUGGGACCCAGAGAAUCCCAGAGCCACAGAACAUGAGAUAG